GGAGCGGGGGCGCGCACAGGAGCUGCGGCGCGAGCGGCGGCGGGCGCGCACCGAGGCGGCGCCGCGUGUCCCUCCGGCCCCAGCACCGCGCGGGACCCCGGGCCCUGCGCCCUCCUCCGCACCGCGGACCGACCCCCGCCCGCAGCAAAAUGGGGAAACAAAAUAGUAAGCUGGCCCCUGAGGUGAUGGAGGAUCUGGUGAAGAGCACGGAGUUCAAUGAACAUGAGCUAAAACAGUGGUACAAAGGAUUUCUAAAGGACUGUCCAAGUGGUAGACUGAACCUUGAGGAGUUUCAGCAGCUCUACGUCAAAUUCUUUCCAUAUGGAGAUGCUUCUAAGUUUGCCCAGCAUGCCUUCCGAACCUUUGAUAAAAACGGAGAUGGGACCAUUGACUUCAGAGAGUUCAUUUGUGCCCUGUCCAUCACCUCACGAGGCAGUUUUGAGCAAAAGCUGAACUGGGCCUUCAACAUGUACGACUUGGAUGGUGAUGGUAAAAUUACAAGAGUGGAAAUGCUGGAAAUUAUAGAGGCCAUCUACAAAAUGGUGGGCACUGUGAUAAUGAUGAAAAUGAAUGAGGAUGGUCUGACGCCUGAGCAACGGGUAGACAAGAUCUUCAGUAAGAUGGAUAAGAACAAAGACGAUCAGAUCACACUGGAUGAGUUCAAAGAAGCUGCAAAGAGUGAUCCGUCCAUUGUAUUACUCCUGCAGUGUGACAUUCAAAAAUGAGCUUGUGUACGACGCGUCAUAGACUGCACAGAAGUUUAAUGUUCCAUUCAGUUUGCAGCUAUUUCCACACACACAAAAAUUUGCUUGGACUACCUAUAAAUGGACUUGCUUCUUGUGUUUGAAACACUUGUGUGCAUGAGAAUGUCAUUUGCUAAAGAAUUUUAAAAGUAUAUAUUAUAAAAAUAAACUGCCACAAUGUGAUGUGUGCAAUGUCAUUUCAUAACAACCCUUUUCCUCUGAAUCCUGUGCUGCAGGCCUGUGCUGCAGUGAAUUAUAUUAUUUAUUGUUCAUGUUUUACUGAUGCUAGCUCUGUGUCUCCUAGACUGAGUAAUGUUAGUGACACUGAAUUCCCAUGGUAAUGUUAACUGUUUAUUAUAAAUCAUGUCACCAUUCUGCUGUAAAGUAGUACUGGACAGACAAGGGAAGAGCUUCUCGGCUCCCAAGUCUGAUCCACACGUGCUUGUAUUGUCAGUGGAUAUAAAUGUACUUCAUUUGCAUGCCUUUUAGGUUUGCCUUAAUUCUUACCUCAUUUGCAUCCCUUCAAUCUGGAAAGAGCUAUGUCAGAGGAAUGCAGUAUAUUAAAAAAAAAAAAAAGAAAAUCCUGCUAAAAUUAACCCUUUAAUUAAGAAUAUAUAUAAAUAUAUAUAUAUAUAAGGUUUAAAACAUUGUUUUAUUGCAAGUUUAAAGGUUUUAUUGGAAGUGUAUUGAUCUUUGCCAGAAUUUUCAAAAGCUUCCACAGAGGUUGCAAUAUAUAUGUCCCAAAAUAAAUUUAUAACAUUUGACCUUUUCCCCUAAUUCUUAUUUCAUGUCGUCAGCAUGGUAAUAAAAAAGGAAAAAGUUCAA